GAAACAGGGCAGGUGCUUUUGCAGGAGCAGAGUUGGGUUUUUUUCUCUCGUCUCUCUUUUGUCGUAUCGGCACAGAUGCAAAUCUGAUGCAUGUUGGCAGGGAGCAACACCGUCUCACUGGAUGCCUCUCAUCCCCAUCCUGUGUUCGGAGCUGGAUCCAGAGUGGAGCAGGUUGUGCGGCAGGCUAACAGCGGGCUAGCGGGGGGCUGCAAGGCUCUGUGGCUGCGAGAAGAGGAGGAAAAAAAGGAGGAGGGGCUGUGGUGAGCUGGUGGGCUUCCUCCGCCUCACAGACACAUUUUAUUGACUUGCUAAUUGGAUGAGGCACUCGGAGGAGAGGAUGCGGUGACCGAGCGGAGCUGCUCUGGACAGGCAGAAGGAAGCAUUGCUCAGGCUGCGUAAAUCUGGCUACUACGUCUCUUCCUUUCAUUUUCUGGAGACAUAACAACAGAUGUUUUUCAGCAUCUCGCAGUGACCCCCACACCGUGCAUACAUCAUUUUAUGCAUGACAUUGUCGUAUGGAGGCUCCAGCUGCCAGACGCUUCGUGACAAGUGAAUGAUUUCCAUUUAUACGUUUUUGCACCCUGUUCCUUUUCACCAGUUUUCUUUCUCUCGUAUCAGCUGGAGCUCAUUUCUUGUCAGCCCUUUGAUGUGCCGUUUGAUAUGAAUGGUAAUCUGAUGGCAAGAUCAAUUCUUCAUGAAAUCGAAUGUACGAGGAACUGUUCAAUGGAUAUUCUUCAGCAAAAAUGAAGUCGUGUCCCGGUUGCCAUGACUGAGGUGUGCAGGUCUGGCUGAUUGCAGGUGCCACUGCGCUGAAGUCUGCUGUCCCAAUGAGCAAGGCAGCCAACCCACAGAAACGCACCACCUACCUCAUCUCCCUCACUCUGGUGAAGGUUGAGGCUGUGCCAGAGGAUGUAGAAGGGAACCAGAGGGAGGCUCUCCCAGAGGGGGAAGGGAGCCCUAAGAAAGAGGAGGAGCAGCAGGAGGAGGAGGUGAGCAAUGCCCCUGAACGGGAGGAAGAACCCGUGUGCAUACAAGUGGGGGAAGAGGAGAGCACACAGGGGGGAGAAGAGCUGGAACAGGUGCAGCAUGUCAAAUAUGGCAGUCCCAUCGAGAACUGGGGAAGGCUUGAGAGGAGGGAACCUCAGAGAGACAUGGUAUCAGUCGGUAAAAGCAGAGACACUUCUUUUGUACAUCCACCUAUUAGGCAAAUGGUCAAAGUGUAUGGAGGGACUACCUCUGAGGGAACAGUGCGCAGAGAGGGUCCCCGCUCAGAGGCCAUGCGCCCUAAAACUGAACUCUACAGAGAACCCCCCAAUCUGUUCCUGAAGGGGGAAAAUGGAGCAGACCUGAGCAGUCGCUCUCGUUGCAGCCUCCCUUUUUCCAUCCCGCCGCAGGUCAGCCAGCGUCCUGAGGUCCUGAUGAGGUCACAUGCAGGAGGAAGCUCUGCUGGGUGGAGGGAACUCAGAGAAGCCAACGCAGGCCUGUAUCACUCUGCUAGGACUUUGGAUCGGAGGGAUAACCGGUUCGGGGACCAGUCUCCUCUAAUGGCAGCUACAACUCUGGGGCCUUACAGGGCGUCCUGGGCUGACAGCGACGGGAGGGGCACGCUCAUCCGCCCCGGAGCCCCUGUCAGCGGGGGGUUUUCAGGCAUCAUGGCCAGGGACAGUCCUCAGGGGGAGAGGUUUAAAACAGUGUCUGUUUCCCUGCCUGCACCUGUAGCCCCCGACAUGUCCAGGCUUCAGAGGAAAGUUCCGAGUCGCACCGUGGACAACAGCGACCUGCACUCCCCCUCUGAGGACCUGAAAAGGGGGAAGGAGGGCCAGGGAGGGACAAUCCAGCGCGCUCCUCCGAAAGACCGAAAGAUGCUCAAGUUCAUAAGUGGCAUUUUCACUAAAAGUACAGCGGCAGCCAGCGUCAGCACCACACCCCCCCUCUAUCCAGCUGUAGAGAGGGGCUCCAGUGAGGAAGAAGCUGCAUGCACCAGCAGUCAAGAAUGGACCAUGAGCCAAACUAUACAAGAGCUUCAUCUGGGUGUUUUGGGAGGUCUGUGCAGUGGGAAGUCCGCUCUUGUCCACAGACAUAUGACUGGCAGUUACCUUCAGAUGGAGAACACUGAGGGGCGCCAGUGCAUUAAGGACGUCCUGGUUGAUGGACAGAGCCACUUGAUGAUUAUCAGAGAAGAGACAGAACUCCCAGAUGCUCAGUUUGCAUGUUGGGUGGAUGCAGUAAUCUUGGUCUUCAGUUUGGAAAAUGAGGCCAGCUUCCAGGAAGUUUACAGAAUCUACCACCAGCUCGCUAUGCACCGGCCCGUCUCUGAGAUAGCUUUCAUCGUAGUCGGUACUCAGGAUAAAAUCAGCAGCACCAACCCCAGAGUCAUCGAUGAUGCCAGGGCCAGACAGCUCUGCUCUGAUGUGCGGCGCUGCACGUACUAUGAAACCUGUGCGACGUACGGCCUCAAUGUCAACAGAGUCUUCACCGAUGCUGCUCAGAAGAUCAUGGCAGCCAAGAAGCAAGCUGCCCUUCUGGCUUCCUGUAAAUCUCUCCCUAACUCUCCCAGUCACUCCGGAGGCUCCACCCCAGUGUCGGGGGUCUUCCCAGGACAGGCCAGUAAUGGUGGUCAGAGCAGUGACUACUCCUCAUCACUUCCCUCCACUCCUGUGAUCAGUCAUAAAGAGAUUGGAAAAACUUUAAGAGAUGAAAAGCAGGACAGUGCCACGCCUGGAUCCGUCCGCAGUGCCACUCGGAGACGCACCCCCAGAUUUGCGGGUCGGAGAGGCAGUGACUCAAACCGAAGGAGUGCAGAGUGUAAGGGAGAUCUGGGCAGUGGACGCUUCAUUCCCAUCAAACAGGGCAUCUUGCUGAAGCGCAGCGGGAACUCGCUCAACAAAGAGUGGAAGAAGAAGUAUGUCACGCUGUCCAACGACGGCAUACUGUCCUAUCACUCCAGUGUCAAUGACUACAUGCUGAACGCCCCCGGGAAGGAGAUGGACCUGCUGCGCGUCACAGUGAAGGUGCCAGGGAAACGGCCGCCUCGUGCUGUACCUGCCGGGGGGCUUCCAGUUGGGCUCAAUGGACGCGUCAAAGAUGUGCCAGGUCCCGAGGGUCUCAGCCCAGUCCCUGUGAGUGCCAGCAGCCUCCUGCAAGUGGAGGAGAUGGAAGGACUCGGUGGUGCACUGUUCCUGAGGAGCAACAGAGGCGUGCAGCGGUGUCCCUCCACACUGUCUAACAACGCUCAAAGUGUUGACUCUGCAGUAGAGGGUGUGUCCAGCUCCUCCUCCACCAAAGACAUAGGCUCCUCCUCCCCGCUGACGGACAGGAAGAAGCAUCGCAGGAAGAAGAGCAUUAACCAGAAAGGAGAUGCAACCAUUGGCCCAGCAGAUGCCAAGCGCAAAAUGUGGAAACUGAAAAGCUUUGGUAGCUUAAGAAACGUAAGCAAGACAGAUGAGGAUAACUUUGACUUCCUCAUCGUGUCGAGCACCGGCCAGACGUGGCACUUUGAAGCUCAGAGUGUGGAGGAGAGGGACUCCUGGGUCGCAGCCAUCGAGAGUCAGAUCCUGGCAAGCCUGCAGCUGUGUGAGAGCAGCAAAAACAAGGCCCGCAGGAACAGCCUGAGCGAAGCAGUGGUUCUGCAGGCGAUCCGCAACGCAAAGGGGAACAACUUCUGUGUGGACUGUGAUGCUCCAAAUCCAACCUGGGCCAGUCUGAAUCUGGGCGCUCUCAUAUGCAUCGAGUGUUCAGGGAUCCACAGAAACUUGGGAACCCACCUGUCGCGUGUUCGCUCGUUGGAUCUCGAUGAUCUUCCACGAGAGCUCACGCUGGUUCUCAGUGCCAUCGGUAACCACAUGGUUAACAGUGUAUGGGAGGGGCGCACGCUAGGCCGUAAACCAGCACCUGAUGCUUCACGUGAGGAACGGGAGUCGUGGAUCAGGGCCAAAUAUGAGCAGAAACUGUUUGUGGCGCCGUUGCCCCCUCCCACUCCUGGCGAGGGCCCAGACAUCACACUAUCUGGCCGUCUCCUGCUGGCAGUGAUGGAGCACAAUCUCCCCAAGCUGCUGCUCCUGUUGGCCCACUGCUGUAAGGAGGACAUUAACGCUCCUCUCAGCCUGGCGCUCUCCUGCAGGUCGCUGCUAGCGCUGCGGCUGCCCGCCUCUGCCCUGCACGCUGCCUGUCAGCAGGCUGAUGUGGUAAUGACGCAGCUUCUUCUUUGGUACGGCUUUGAUGUCCGGUACCGGGAUGCUCAGGGCCACACCGCUCUGGUUCUGGCUCGCAGUGCUGGCAGCCAGGAGUGUGUCGACAUUUUACUGCAGCACGGAUGCCCAAAUGAACCGGCCUCCUCCUUCACUGUCGCGACGACAGUUGGUUUUACAGCAGCUGCCACACCCAGCUUCCCUGUUGCCAUGACGCCGAGCCUGACGGUUGCUACGACACUCAAGAUCUCGCACAAGAGCAGCGGCGCCAGCUUGAGUUACAGUACCUCUAGAAGAGCAGUGUCGUAAACUGUGUGGUGUGGUCAAUGUGUGUGUGUGUGUGUGUGUGUGUGUGUGUGUGUGUGUGUGUGUGUGUGUGUGUGUGUGUGUGUGUGUGUGUGUGUGUGUGUGUGUGUGUGUGUGUGUGUGUGUGUGUGUGUGUAGUUUGCCCUCAUACGGUCCUGUACUGUACCUUCACACAGGCCUACAGGACUGAUGAACAUGUUGCCAGAUGUUGCACUUCCUGAUGUUUUAAAGGCUGUGUGUGUUUAUGUCAGGGAUGAAAACACACACUGGUAAUAAAACAGUCACAUGAGGCUACUAGAAUGAUUUAACCAAAACAAAAAGAUACAUUUUCCUUACUACACUUUCUACGUAAGAUAAAAGGACAUGACGUUACAUUCAGAUGCCUCAUUAGGAAUGUAUUGCACUGUGUACCAGCCGGUAUGAUUCAUAUUUCAUCAUGCAGUCGAUAUUCAACCUUAUUCUCCGCUCAGUUAAGAAUGGGAAUUUGCCUUUGGCUCAAACAGCUUAUCUGAGCAUCUCGGGCCCAGAAGUAAAGAACUGCAAUAAGUUUACGAUUUCAUUGACAGAAGUUAACGCUAAACACAUGAACACUUCUUAACUUUAUUAACAAAGAAUGUCACUUUUAAAUUCAGAGUGCAUAUACUGUGUUAUGCUAAAUACAGGCAGUCGUUAAAUAAAAAAUUAAAAUGUUGUCAGAGUAAAAAAAAUAUAAACUUGACUGUGGCUGAGAGGUCACUUUAUAGAUAAUUAAAAUAUCUGUAUAGAAAUGCAUUGAUAAAAAUAGAAUUCUAAAAAUGUAAAAGUGCUUCAUUUUCAAGAUUGUUAUUGUAUGAUUUGUACAGUUGGUUAUGUGUCAAAUGUAAAAAACUCAAAGGAAUUACUUAUAGCUGUUCAGAAAAAUCCUGUACAGCGUCUUGGUUUGGUUUUUCUUUAACAACCACCUGAUUAACUCUUCGACAUCCAAGACUGAGAUGUCUAUGUUAUGUUUGUAUCACUGUGUGUGACAUGAGCACUGUACAUGAUGUGUGAAUUAUGAAUCCAGCAGCAGGUCAUCAUCAAGGCCAGUGUAAUACUAGAUGUGUAAAUGCCUUGAUUUUGAUUGAAUGUAUACAAAACAGAUGGUAUGAGUUCAUUAUCUCAAACAGUGAUGAUGCAGUAUUGGUGGACUGUUGGGGUGUUUCAUUUUUUUUAUUAACUAAUAUUAUUCCAGCUGUGACUAAUAGAAAGUAUGUUUUAAUAGAUUCAAGCUCUGCAAAGGUUCUGAUCUAUAAAACUGGGACUUUGGAUGUCUAUGAAUAUAUUUGUAAGUGGAUGAAAAUCCACAUGAAAUAGAGGAAUGUUGCCCAGUUUAAAAAAAAAAUGUUUAAAAAACAACC